UGGAAUGUUUUCACUGAACCGUACAUUUUUACAUGACAGUCACAACUUCUCAUAUUCUGCAUUGAAAUAUUAAACAAAAAAUAAGGAUGAGAAUCAUCUACAAUCGUCUAAGAACGUUAAGAGAUUGUUGAUCAUGUGUCUAGGUAAGCGUUGAAGAUUGGGAUGGCAAGUGAAAGCAGAAAAGCUGACGGCAUUAGCUUUUGAUAACGAAAAAUAUUUAUGCUUCUAGGCUGCUCCUUUCCAGUGCGUUACACACAAAUUUUGCUGUUGUUCACUUCCUUGGUGUUGACCUUCCAUCAGCGUGUCAAUGUGCCCGAAGUUAUUGUUGUACUCACAGCCUCUAACGGCACGCACGCUCAUUUCAUGCCAGAGGGUUACUCGUUGACGGCACACGAAAAGUCCACUAUGCUGGGAAGUAUUUUUUGGGGUGCAAUUUUGGUACAAAUACCCAGCGGCUAUAUCUGUAGUGCCUAUGGUGGCGUCAAGCUCUUGUUCUGUUCGCUCUUCUUCUCCUCACUCAUUUGCAUUGUGCUGCCGCUUAGUCUUAUAUUUGGCAAUUUCAUCACUUUUAUUUUGUUACGCACRUUGCAAGGCUUGGCGCAGGGCGUUUUAUUCCCCACAAUCUAUGGACAUCUCGCCAAGUGGUGUCCACUCAACGAACGAAGUCUGCUCGGUGGCAUCUCGCAAUCUGGCUCUGAGUUUGGCGUAGCCUUAGGUUUGAUAAAUACCGGCUUUUUAUCAGUGUCGCCAUUAUAUUGGCCAGCGGCCUUUUAUAUGCCAGGUCUCGCCGGCUUAGUGUGGUGCAUUUUUUGGUCAAUCUUCAGCGCUGAGACACCAUGGGUUUCCAAACGUAUAACGGCCGACGAAAAGCAGCUCAUACAAUYUGCGGGCACUCUUAGCAUGCGCGAGAAACGCAGCAAGGCCGCCAUACCCUGGURCGCGAUCGCCACUUCAGCGCCUUAUUUGGUGUUGCUGUUAAAUAAAGUUAGUCACGCMUUUACGAUCGCAACCAUGGGCCAGCAAAUACCCAUAUAUUUGAACGGCAUCACUUAUGUGGUCACAAUCACCUCGCAUUAUUUGCUGAAAGUACGAAAAGUGCGUCUGUCGCUAGUGCGCAAGUCAUUAAAUACGAUUUCGAACUGGGUGCCCGCCACUGCAUUGGCGACUAUGAGCUUGCUGUCCAAGGACAAUGCUGUGGGUAAUAUUUCCUGUAUCGUUAUUACAGUUGUCGCAUUUUCGACUUUUACGCUCGGUAGUUCAUUGAAUCACAUUGACUUGGCGCCGAAUUUUGCUCCGCUCCUCUCUGGUAUUACCGGCACAUUUAUAAUGAUAGCGGCCAUUUUUUCGCCCAUAGUUGUGGCAGAAGUCGUAAGGAAUGAGGUUUUGAAAUAGGCAAAGUAUUACUUUUUCAGCAUUAUAUUUAUGAAGUAUUUUGGAGACCUAUUCCCCCUGUCUAUAACAUUGG